AUGGCUGUCUCAACGGGAUACAUCGGGCUGUUCUACGAGGAGCAUGACGAGGAACCCCAGCGCAUCUUCGAUCCGCAAAACAGUCGCGCACAUCGCCAUGUCCCUGCGGACCAACUCAUCGUCUACAAUCCCCACAAAGAGGUUCGCCAGCUUCGAGAAAUGAACCCUUACACUGGCCAGAUGAGCGUAGACAGCCGCACCGUUGUCGUGUCUAUUGACGGAGCUUGUCGCGGCAACGGAACGCCCUCAGCCCGGGCCGCCUGGGGUGUCUACUUCGGACCGCAGUCCAUGCUCAAUGCAAGCGACGCCUUGGACGCCACUCUCCCGCAGACAAGCACUCGGGCUGAAAUUGAAGCUCUUUCGCAAGCGCUGGACAUCAUCCGUUAUAACGUCUCCGAUGACCAUUCGUUGGUGCACUAUCAUAUCAGAACGGACUCAUCGUAUCUCGUCAAGACCUUUUCAUCGUGGAUCCAUAAUUGGAUCGAGAAUGGUGGGAUGAAUUCGCAGGGCAGGAGGGUGGCUCAUUUUGAGGUCCUGGAAGAGAUUCAAGAGCUCCUGGAUGACAUGACGGAUGGUGACGAUGGGGGCAUGACUUUCAAGUUCUGGCUGGUGCCGCGAGACGACAACAAGGAAGCUGAUGCGCUGGCGAAUCAAGCGCUUGAUGAAGAAUCCCGGGCGGACAUGAUUGUUGCAAGCACGCUGCUCCGAUACCUCGCAAUCAAACCUCUUGAUCAAGCAUCCGGAAGCAAGAAGAUGGCUGCAAACGCGAAACCACGAGUCCUCGCUGUGUCUCUUAAUCGCCUGUCCUUUUUCGAUUCAAUGUACGAAUCGCUCCUCGGCAAACUACGAGCGGGCUCGCCGUUUCAGCGGGUUGAGGAUGGAGUAGAAGCUAUACAUAUGCUCCGGGAAGAACCACGACCAGCCGCUGUUCUUGUCACCGACGAGGCUCUCACCUUGAGGGAACAUGCACCCGUGUGGGAUGCAGUGCUGCACCAAAAGGCUGUAUUUCUCAAACACGCAAAGCCUUCGGAUGCUUGCCCCGUUCUGUUGGCUUGCGUCGGAGAGGGAAAACUGGGAUAUAUUGGCGACGUCAAUGGUGAGGAAGGAUCUGAGGCUGUUGUUCUCGCCAUGUGUGGUUUUCUCCAGAACCAGCGAGAAGCCUUCUCUGUAGCCCAGGGCCAGGGUACCGAGUACAAGUACGGAUACAUGGGGGCGCUGAUAAGACAGGCAGCGAUAAGGCGGCCCCUCAGAAGCCGAAGCGGAAGCCGCUCGACGUCAGCAGCAGCAGCAGCAGCAGCAGCAGCAGCAGCAGCUCGAGCGAGUCCGUGCGCUGGAGGUGCUGGUCAGUCAGUCCGGCUGUCCGUCAUUGUCAACCGCCCGUCAAUUGGCAAAGCCUCGUCACCCCAAAACAACAACAACAUCUGCAGCAUCCAUUUCCCGCCUUUUCUUCUUUCCUCUUCUCCCCAUUUUCGGAUUAUGCGCGCUGCUGCGAACUAG